AUGAGAUGUUCUGCCAGAUAUCCUGUGAAUGGGGGAAGCAAGACAGCAGAGACUGAAGUGACUCUCAGUGUUUCAUAUGCUCCUAAAGACACCUCAGCAUCCAUCAGUCCAUCAGGUUUGGUGUCAGCAGGUAGCUGGGUGAAGCUGAGCUGCUCCAGCAGAGCCAAGCCUCCUGCCAGCUUCACCUGGUUCAGGAACAGCAAACAUGGAGCCAUUAAUGUAUCUGUGGGGCAGGUUUACAGCUUCACUGUUACUGAGGGAGGAGAGUAUUACUGUGAGGCUAAAAAUCCAUUAGGUAUUGAGAUGUCAUCAUAUAUUUGUCUUCAGGUAAAAGAUUCUCCUUGGAGUCCCAGCAUUAAUAUCCCUGUUGGUGAUCUGAAGGAGCAUCAGUCUGUCACUAUAAGUUGCUCAGCUGUGACUCCCUGUCCACACUCACCUCCUGAACUCACCUGGAAUCUCCAACAAGACUCUGAGAGACAAACAGAGAAAAACACAGAUGGAAACUUUACAACUAAAAUCCAGGAGACCAUCACUCUGUCAGACACACAUGAUGGAUACAACAUGAGCUGUUCUGCCAGAUAUCCUGUGAAUGGAGGAAGCAAGACAGCAGAGACAGAAGUGACUCUCAGUGUUUCAUAUGCUCCUAGAAACACCUCAGCAUCCGUCAGUCCAUCUGGUUUGGUGUCAGCAGGUAGCUGGGUGGAGCUGAGCUGCUCCAGCAGAGCCAAGCCUCCUGCCAGCUUCACCUGGUUCAGGAACAGCAAACAUGGAGCCAUUAAUGUAUCUGUGGGGCAGGUUUACAGACUCCGGAUGACCAACAUGACAGAUAUCGAAAGCUAUUACUGUGUGGCUGUGAAUAUAUUUGGUAAUCAGAUGUCAUCGUGGAGUCAUUUGAACAAGCAAGGAAUCAGUGUCUACACAACAGUGAAGAUCGUAGGAAUUAUAAUGAUGUGCAGUACAGUCAUCAUUUUACAGUGGACUACAGGGAGCAGAAGAUGUGAAUGAAGCAAUGAAAGUUCAGGUAUCACGACCCUUGAAGAGACAAGAAGGACAUCGAGCCAAUAAACAAAGGAUUUCUUAUUGCUAUUAAUCCAACAACUGUAAGUUCAGGGUCACAGCUAUGGGGUCUGUCUACAGCUGUGAACGGGCUAGAAGAGGAGUCCAAUUUGGUCCUGUCCCAGUCCAUCACAAGCUCCACCACUGUCUUACAAAAGGGAUUUCUUAUUGCUUCACUUUUGUCUUUGACUGUACAUGUGUUAAUUUAGGGUGACAAGGCAUGCC